AUGUGCAGCAAUAUCACCACGCGCGCAGAAGAGCAUAUGAAGAUGCUGGUUGCCCAAUGGGCAACCAAUGACCAGGCCUUGUGUGACAUCGCUGCGGCCAUAAGAGACCUCAAGCAGAGGCGUGGGGAGAUUAUGCAACAACAGCAAGCUAUUGUUGCUGCUAUGAACGAAACCCACGAUCACCUCCAAGCUCUAGCCGACAAUAAAUUUGCAGAAGAUCUUGAAAAUCUCGUUCUGCACGCCCUCGACCCCUAG